ACUUAUAAAGGCUCUCAUGUCAUGUAACACUAUCAGAAAGAGUGGAACUGAGGUCCAACAGAGAACCACCACUGUAAAAGAUGAAGCUUGUGGCUUUUCUUACCCUGCUGUGUCUCCUGGUGGUCAAUGCUGAAGAGGUGCAAGACCACCGGUCUCCAAAACAAUGUUAUCACAAAAAUUACUCGGACUUGUACAAAAUUGGCAUCUACUGUGUGAAGUUCUUCAACAAGCAUCUGGACUUCAACACAGCUCGGGUCACAUGUCAGAAGUCCUUUAAGUAUGGUGAACUCGUGAGUGUCCACAGCAAAGCUGCCAACAACCUGCUGACCAGUUUGAUUUCGAGCUCGCACAUCGGUUAUGCCUGGCUUGGUGGAUUCUUACAGGGAUCAAACUGGAUUUGGACAGAUGGGUCGGUAUUUGACUACCAUAGAUUUGUGAGUGGUCCAGAGACAAAUAAUCCACAAUGCAGUGCUUUGAAAGAAAGUGGAUCCUGGGUCCCAAUGAACUGCAGCAAAGCCCUGCCAUUCUACUGCGCAUUUCCGGAAUACUACAGGAACAAGAAAUGACGAGCAAAACGGAUGAUUUAAAAAAAAAAAAGUCCGAGCUUUGGCUUGCUUUCCAUUAGGCCCUGCAGAGCAGAAAUCAGGAAUGAAAAAGAAUAUUAUUAUUAAAGAGAACAGUGGAAAAAUAUUUCAAACAUGUAUGCAUUGCUAAGCUGACUUCAAAGCAUAUUAAAAAGUAAUAAAAACAGCUGCAUUUGAAACAA